GGAUUCUGCCUCCCUUCAUUCCAGAUCCGGUCCUAGCUGGGUCAAGUCGCUUCCUCCUGGUAAUGCGCCUCUCUCUCUCUCAGACUUGUUUUGUUUACCUCUCACGCGUUUUCCCUAUAAUAUCCUCGUAGGGAAUAAAGUAAACUGUCAGUGAUAAAAGGAUUUUAAAAAGUGAGUCCAUUUCCGAUCAAAAAGUCACCAUGCCUAUGCAGAAGGUAGUGGACAGCGCCGGCCAUUCGAUGAAACUUUACGUUCACGAAAGAAAGCCGUAUCUUUUUGGAAUGCCUCAGUUCAAUCCUUACAUGUUGGAAAACUUACCGGACUGCCAACUCCGAGAUGAUGACGUCAUUCUUGUCUCCUACCCCAAGUCGGGCUGCCAUUGGCUGUGGGAGGUCACGAGACUGCUCGUCAGCGGACGUACGACAACGGAUAAGGUCAACAAGGAGAACGCCAUGAUGGAAAUGUCCGAACUGGAGGGUAAUGGAAGCAUAGACGAUAUCCCCUCGCCCAGGAUCCUCAACAACCAUUAUUUUUUCGAAAACCAGCCCAAAGACCUGCUGAGAAAACGCGUGAAGACAGUUCUCUUGUACCGGAACCCCAAAGACGUGGCCGUCUCCUUCUUCCACCACCACACGAGGCUACAAAAUUACUGCUACACAGGCCGAGAUUUUCCUUCCUACCUUCAUAGGUUUGUGGACGGUCUGGUGGACAGCAACUGUAUCUUUGACUGGCUCGCCAGCUGGGAGAGAGCCAUCAACGAACACAAAGAUCUCAACAUCUGCAUCAUGUGCUAUGAGGAUCUACAGGAAAACCCUUUGGCAGAGUUUCGAAGACUUGCCAAAUUUCUGGGCAAAGACUACGAGGACGACCAUUUGCAGCAAGUCAUUAAAGCAACCAGUAUAGAGACCAUGAGGGAACAGAAAGGUUUUCUGUACUCAGACAACUCUGGUGCAAUCAUGUUUCGGAAAGGCAAAGUUGGAGACUGGAAAAAUCACUUCACAAUUGCCCAGAGCGAGUGGUUUGAUCAUGUGACCAGGACCCGGAUGGGUCACUCGAAGUUGUACAACUUUAGAUAUGAUCUUUGACGCAAAAAAGGUGCAUGAAGCACGCUUCUCAUCAUCACCAGUUUUCUGGAACCAGAGUUCAACUUCGGUCGUCGUUACCAGAAUAUGUAUUUCAGCGUCUGGACGAUUGUUUCUCUUGGGGAAGUGUCCAACUCAAGCGUGAACAUCUUCGUCUACUACAAAAUGAACUCUAGAUACAGAGAGACGUUUCGUGGCGUGUUUUGUACAAAGAGCUCUAGUAAAGAAGGCAACAAGACUCCAGUGAACGUUUCGCACACGGAAAAAUUAUAAGACUAUUAAGAAUACUACAUAGUAUUGUUGACUGAUAUCAAAGAAUGUUGGCUGGACUCCAAAAUGAGAACAAGCAGCGUAAGUUUGUACCAUGUUUCCCUUAAAAAUGCAUAACAGUUUAAGCGUAUACAGUAAAUAAAAACGUGUGUUCAAAAUA